AUGUAUGUAUCUAUCUAUCUAUCUAUCUAUCUAUCUCAGGCUGUUAAUAUCUAUCUAUCAUCUAUCUAUCUAUCUAUCUAUCUAUCUAUCUAUCUCAGGUUGUUAAUAUCUAUCUAUCGUUUUACUUAUUUAUCUCAUGCCGUAAUCUAUCUAUCUAUCUAUCUAUCUAUCUAUCUAUCUAUCUAUCUAUCUAUCUAUCACAGGCUGCUAAUAUCUAUCUAUCUAUCUAUCUAUCUAUCUAUCUAUCUAUCUAAGGCUGUUAAUAUCUAUCUAUCGAUUUAUCUAUCUCAGACUUAUCUAUCUAUCUAUCUCAACAUGUUAGCAUCUAUCUAUCUAUCUAUCUAUCUAUCUAUCUAUCUCAAGCUUUUAGUAUCUGUCUAUCUAUCUCUCUAUCUAUCUCAACAUGUUAGAAUCUAUCUAUCUAUCUAUCUAUCUAUCUAUCUAUCUAUCUAUCACUGUUCAUAUAUAUCUAUAUAUCUUCAAUACAAAUAUUUAAGUAUCUAUCUAUCUAUCUAUCUGUUCAAAUAUAUCUAUCUCAGUAUCUUUAUAUCUAUCUCAGUGUGCUCGAAUCUAUCUAUCUAUCUAUCUAUCUAUCUAUCUCUAUCUAUCUAUUCAAAUAUAUAUCUAUCUAUUUUUCAUUCAUAA